GAUAGAAACAUGUUUCGGAAAAUAUUAAUAUUAUUAAUAGUAACUUCGGUUUUGAUAUUUGCAAAGAAAAACCCACUGUACUCGUUAAAAAUCGAUCGUUCGGAAAUAUUCAACUACGAUUAUUCUAUCGUCAAUUGCACUGGACACUGCAGUUUCGUUAACAGAUCGACGAAAGCUUUGAAUAUAAUUUUGAAUUUCAAAAAGGCGAUGCUCGAUACGAAUAUUAUGUUGAUGCGGUCCAUGGUUUGGCGGAACAACGUUUGGGUGAAGUUUUCCCCUUUGGAAUUCUCCAUAACGCUCAAAGACUUCUUCAAGUACGAUUGGUUCGAUAUCAAGGGAAUACGGGAAUCUUGUAAGCCGCCAAUGACGUAUCCGUGGCAGAAAACGACAUACAAACUGUUGAAUUAUAUACCGAACAUGAAGCAUUAUCCUAGCUUCAUGCCGACAGGGAGUUACAGGGUAGACGUGGAGUUUUGGGAUUCUAAUAAGAAGCUCAAUAAAUUCUUGGAACAUCAUCUGUACAUGUUUAUAGAUGAGAUUAUAAAGCAUUAAUCGUUC